GUGGGGAUUUGUAAUUAUGCGGAACAUUGUUACUAUCACAUGAGUCGCCUCCCUCGGCGCUUCUGCACCUGUUUUGCAACCCGCUUUAUGGUUUCCUAGCAUUAGCUACAAAAGUUACCCUAAAAUCAUAUAUUUGAUGCCGAUGGUCGGCGAAAUGGAGGAGGAAAAGUGGUCUCCUGAAGCUGGACACCAGAAGAUUAUUGAGUUAGACGAUACAUUAGUGGAAUUACAGGAUACUCUUUGUCGCGCCCACGGACUGUUAUUGUCUACAUUGGUAUCGUCUUAACAUGUGGACUUUUACGGUUAGUCUUCCACUGGUUUCCUCAUUGGAUGCUGAUGUGUAUGAAUAAGAAAUGCUCUUUGCUUCAAGCCCAAAAGAUUCUCGUUAAGGAUGCUUAUGGCGUUUACUAUAUACAUGAUGUACUUGUUGACACUACUGACGGAAUCAGCCAUAAUGUCAGAAAUUUCCGCAUGCUGAAGUCUGGGUCGGUAUUGAGAUCACAAAUGGCGUGUAGAAGAAACGAUGAUCAAAUGAUUUGUUACUUCAUGCACAAGUGUCUAAAAUACAUAUGGGACAACAAAACUAACCGUUUCGAGCUUCUUAGAGGUUGGCAUGACACUACAUAUGGAGAGAUUUUACAUUCUAAACCUUUAACUAAUGAGGAGAUAACUGCACGUCGUGCAUUGUAUGGAAUAAAUGAAAUAAACAUUAGUCUAACUCCUGUUGUCAGAUUGCUGCUUGAACAGUGUUUGAGUCCGUUCUGUUGCUUUCAAGUAUUUAGUUGCAUCUUGUGGUAUUCAGAGGAAUACUGGAUAUAUGCUACUUGUAUCGUGGUAAUAUCCGUCAUGUCACUAUCAUGGGAAGUCUAUGAACUGCGUAAUAACGAGCGAACUCUCAAAGAAACUAUGUGUAUAUCUUCUUCUGUAAUUGUUUGUCGAGAAGAAAGUGGUGUUUCAGAUUUCAAGGAAGUGGACUCUUCAUCUUUAGUUCCUGGUGAUGUGAUUGAAAUUCCGCGUAAUGGAUGCCUGGUUCAUUGUGAUGCCAUUUUACUGACUGGAAACUGUAUAGUGAAUGAAAGCACACUGACCGGUGAAAGUGUUCCAGUUACGAAAGUCCCAUUACCUGAUUCACCGUCGAAGGAUGACUUAUUUGAUAUUAAACUGCAUACUCGUCAUAUAUUGUUUGCUGGCACAACUGUUAUUCAAACAAGAAAUUAUGCAGAUGAACGAGUGAUGGCUGUUGUUGCACGUACUGGCUUUAAUACAAUCAAAGGUGAACUUGUCCGGUCGAUACUGUUUCCGAAACCGUUGAAGUUCAAAUUUACUCAAGAUGCUUUCCGUUUCAUUAUUGCCUUAUCUGUUCUCGCUGUAAUUGGCUUGGCUUUUUCAAUCUACCUAAUGGUAAAAGCCAAUGUUGGUGUCGGUGAUAUGGUCGUACGUGCACUGGAUCUUGUCACUAUAGUAGUCCCACCAGCAUUACCUGUUGUAAUGACUGUUGGCAUUGUAUUCGCUCAACGACGUCUACGAUCUCAAGGGAUAUUUUGUGUUAAUCCUAGUGUGAUUAAUGUCUGUGGAGUGAUUAAUGUUGCUUGCUUUGACAAGACUGGUACUUUAACAGAAGACGGUUUGGAUAUGUGGGGUAUCAUUCCGUAUGAAGAUGGUUUAUUCGGUGAUCCAGAAUUAGAGCCAGCGAAGUUAGAUAAUGGUCCACUAAUGGAGUGUUUAGCGACUUGUCAUUCACUGACAUUAAUUGAAGGAGUUCUCUCCGGUGAUCCUCUUGACUUAAAAAUGUUUCAGUCAACUAAAUGGGAAUUCAUUGAAGAGGCUUCUGAUUAUUGUAAAUUUGAAAUGGCUGUUCCCGCUAUCGUGCGUCCACCGAAUGCCUACAGUUUAAAAGAUGAAGUUUCUCAGAAAAUUGAAAAUGAUGAUAUUCCUUAUGAAGUUGGUAUUUUACGCCAGUUCCCAUUCAGUUCAUCAUUACAACGUAUGUCAGUAAUUACGCGUGCACUCAAUCAAAACCACUUCAGCAUAUACACUAAAGGUGCACCGGAGACAAUUGAACUACUUUGCAGAUGUGAUACUAUUCCAAGUGAUUUCCAUUCAACUUUAUUGGAGUAUACACGAGAAGGCUAUCGAGUACUAGCAUUAGCUUGGAAACCAUUGAAAGCGAGCUACACGAAAGUUUUACGUGUGCCUAGAGAACGUGUUGAACAAGAUCUAUUAUUUCUUGGCUUACUUAUCAUGGAGAAUCGUCUGAAGCCAGAGACGACACAAGUGAUUCAAACACUACGAUAUGCAAAUAUUCGACCUGUAAUGGUUACUGGUGAUAAUAUGCUAACUGCAUUAUCAGUAGCUAGAGAUUCCGAAAUGAUUGACGAAUUGGAUCGCAUUAUUCUUGUCUCUGCAAAGCCACCACCUCUUGAAGUUGUCGAGUCACCUCGCCUACAUUUUGCUGCAUCUAAUGAGGAUGAUAUGACAGUAGAAUCACUGAAUAAUCUACCUUCAAAUCAACAUUCCUACUUUGUUAAAUCAUCGGGAGUUCCCACAACAACAAUGCACACUGAGAGUGAUAGGCUACAUGUGCGCUCAAGUUUUAAUACAACGGUUUCUCUAUACCAAGAGAAAAUUCUAGGACAACAGGAUGAUUCGUUAGUUGAAUUUCAUUAUGCCGAAGAUUUACACAAACCAGUUACGGAAGUGACUGCUACCACUGAGACAGCAACAACGCUAAACCACCACAAAUCUUAUCCAGGCACUAAUUCAACUGAUAAAGCUAUGAUGGAUUCCUCCCUUAGAGAAUUUAAAAGCUCUCGUAAAUGGUUGCGUGGUAUGUGCAAAUGUGCUCCUUGUGUCUCAACAGGUAGUAGUGGACCUCGUUCUUCGCCUGCAUCCAGUCCAUUGACCGAUGUAACACAGAUACCAACUGUUUGUGUUGAUGAACAAAGUCAUCAACUCAAAAACCAUGAAUACAAUCCAGUGAGCGGUACUUCAUCUUUGAGAGAUCGAAUUCACACUGUACCAAAUGUUCAUUUAAGAAGCACUUGUCCUGUAUCUAUAAAAAUGCUUGAUCGACCCGAUUUUCACUUGGCUAUGUCGGGCAAAACAUGGGCGAUCAUCCGAGAACACUAUCCCUGGCUAAUACCGAAGCUUGUUGUCAAAGGUACUGUGUUUGCUCGUUUCCUGCCUGAACAAAAAGCCCAACUGAUCGAAGCAUUCCAAUCAGUUGGUUAUUUUGUUUCCAUGUGUGGAGAUGGUGCUAAUGACUGUGGUGCUUUAAAGGUGGCACAUACUGGAAUCGCUUUAAGUGAAGCCGAAGCUAGUGUUGCCAGUCCGUUUACAUCGAAACAACAGAAUAUCAGUUGUGUUCCAACACUGAUUCGUGAAGGUCGUUGCGCUUUAACUACUAGUUUUGGUGCAUUUAAAUUUAUGGUUGGUUAUUCAAUGAUUCAGUUUUUCUCAGUUAUCCUUUUGUAUUAUAUCGGUAGCUCUAUUUCUGAUCUGGAGUUUCUGUACAUUGAUCUCUUUGUGAUCACAACCUUGGGUCUUACCUUCGGCUAUACUCCUGCUUAUCCUCGUCUUUCCGUUGAACCCCCUGGAAUGCGACUGGUGUCCGCUGUGACUUUAUUAUCUUUGGGUUUACAGUUGUUCACCUGUGCUGUUGUCCAAUUCGCUGUUUUCAUUUCGUUCGAAUGCAACCAUGACUAUGAGUUGAAGAACUACGAAAGUACAACUAUAUUCACUGUAUCCGUCUAUCAAUAUGUGAUAUUGGCAAUUGUUUUCUCUAAAGGAGCACCAUAUCGUCGGUCAAUUUUUUCUAACCGUUUAUUUAUUAUCAACGUCAUUGCAUGCGUUGCCGCCUCAUUGUAUCUCACAUCCCAUCCACCUCGCGUAGUUCGUAAGCUAUUUGAGCUCUGUCGACUUCCAUCUGUUCUUUUCCUACUCAUCCUGCAUGGAAUAGCCCUUGGGAAUCUCUUGUUCGGAUGUAUCUUGGAAUCGAUUGUGGAUGGUGUCUCGUUUCGUCAACGUAUACGUCAUAUUCGGCGAGCAUUAUUCCCGAGACAUGUUGCACGCAAAGAUUAUGAACGUAUUCGUGAUGAAAUUGAUCGUCUAGCCGGAGUUUGGCCGCCUAUCAUUCGCUCUGCCAGUGUUCAAGCAUUACCAAGAGAACUUUUCAACGAAGGUGAUGUUAGCGCACAAAUAGCACAGUCACAAGCCCCCAGAAAGCGUUAUAAUUCAGGACUUUCAACAGACAGUGAAGAUGUUGAGUACACUUCAGUUAUGCAUAAUGGUGUACCUGGUAAUCAUGUUCAAUCAAUUAAUCCUGCAUUUGCACCAUCCUGUGCUGUUGAUAUUCUACCGAAAAGUGCAAUUGAAGAGUGUACUCACAGGAAACGAAAACGUUCCACUAGUAGCCAUAGACGUCAUUCAUUUCAUAAUAGAGAUACUGAGAAGGAAGAAUUGAAAUGUGCUGCUUCAAGAGAAGAUACUCUAAUGAAAUACACGCCUGUAACAGCAGACCAAGAGUCAGGAUUUGACGCUUCGAUUGCAAAUCCAUCUGGUGAUUGUUGUGUUAGAUCAGAUAGUGGAUCGAGACAAGUGCAUCGAUUAGAUUCAUCACAAUCUCCGGCGAACUGCUGAAUAAAAUGAUAAAAUGGAAAGUUUUUGAAGGUUAUUUUGCACAUUUAGUCUUUCUAUGUAUACAUGAGACAGUGUCAGCACAAGGAUAUUUUCCUCUGGCAAUUAUUUUCUUCUCUCCCAAUAUUUCAUACAUUUUAUUUUCAAUUGUCCCUGUUGCUUUCUAUGUAGAACAUUCAUUUUUAGCUGUUUUAAAAGUCAAGAAUUUUCUUAAGAAGAUAUUACACAUAAAUUAUGUUACAAUAUCUGAAUUUUUACCCUUUCCGACAGUAAUAAUAAUAAUAAUAAUCGUAACCAGAUGUAUCAUCAAAUCACUGAAGAUCUUUAUAUCGACUGAACAAAACCAUCUAACUUUUGUAUACAUCAGUGAAAGCAGACUACUAUAACUUAUUUUUUCUUUCUUAUCUUUUGCUAUUCUCACUAUUUGCCCAUUGUCAACACGCUCUGUGAUUCAUUUUAUCAUCAUUUCCAUCACUAUUAUUAUUAUUAUUAUCAUCAUCAUAAUCAUCAUUGAAUAUUUUAACAAGAAUAACACUCGCAAUCGUUAGUGAACUGUCCUCUUGAUGGAACAGAAGUUUUUCUGCUUACCGUGAUUAUUGGAAUUGAGUAGGCUGAAAAUUCUACUGUGUUAUUUGUUCAUGCUUAUUUAUUAUUAUAGAUAACAAUAAUAUCUACUAUUUG